ACCAAAUAAAAUUUCUUAUUUAUUUAUUUAAUAUUUUAUUCCUAAAACCCCGUUUCUCUUUGUUCUAUCGUAUAACUUGGUUUGAAUUGAAAUACAACCAUGUCCUUUCUUCAGUGGCGCGCUGCCUCAAUAUUGCAUGUUUCCCCCUCUGUUGCAUUGCACUUGGAGCCGUACAACACUGGUCUCACUUAUCAUAGGAUGAUGUCGAGAGCAUCGCGAGUGGCGCAUCACCUCCAAGCUUCCUCAUCUCGCGUUUCCUCCACGCGCCCCAUUUCCUCACUCUUUCUCCACAGGAAUGUUCAUAUUUCAUCGUCGUUGGGUGAUGCUAAUGCAAGCUUUACCAAUUAUGAUAGCAACUGUCGAGCUAGAAAGAUAUGGACUUUUGCUCCUGUUUGUAUGGGCAGACGCUCCAGCAAAAUCGCCGGUCGAAAGGAAGCCAAUAAUGCAAAGAAAGCUAAACUAUAUUCAAGGAUUGGGAAGGAAGUUGUGUCUGCUGUAAAGAAAGGUGGUCCGAAUGUAAUGUCUAAUUCAGCCCUGGCUGCUGUACUUGAGAAAGUAAAGGAGCUUGAUGUUCCUAGAGAUAUUGUCGAGCGCAACAUCAAGAGAGCAACUGAAAAGGGACAAGAGGCUUAUAUUGAGAAAAUUUACGAGGUUUAUGGUUAUGGAGGAGUUAGUAUGGUAGUUGAGGUAUCAACUGAUAAGAUAAAUCGUUCUAUAGCAAAGAUUAGAGACGUGGUCAAGGAAUGUGGAGGAAAGAUGGCGGAUUCUGGGUCUGUGUUGUUUAAGUUUACGCGUGCUCGGGUAGUAAACAUUAAAGUCACUGAUGCUGACAAAGAUCAAUUGCUUGGAAUUGCUUUAGAUGCUGGAGCCGAGGAUGUAAUUGAUCCUCCCACUUAUGAAGAUGAUACUGAAGAGGAUAGGUCAGAAAGGUAUUAUAAAAUUGUUGGUUCUUCAGAGAACUAUUCAUCUAUAGUAUCAAAGUUGCGAGAGGAGGGCAUAGAUUUUGAGCCUGAUAAUGGUUCUGAGCUUCUUCCAAAUACCACCGUUGAGGUAGACGAUGAGGCUAUGGACUUAAACAGAGAACUUAUGAGCAAAUUACUUGAGCUUGAUGAUGUUGACGCUGUUUAUACAGAUCAGAAAUAGUCAUUUCUAUACUUUUAAGAAGCUGGUCACCAGACUAAUCAUGGGUAGCCAGAAGCAUGUUUUCUGGGACGGGAAUUUUAUUUUGAAUUUUUAAUUCAUAAUUGAGGUUAUUUAAAUAAUUUGUUGUCUUAAUUAUAUAACAAAUUGAACGCUUCAAUAAAAAUAGAAAAGUGUUGCAUGAUAACCAAAACAAAUUAAAACUGUUUCCUUCUGGUUGGGUUUGAUGAUUCCGAAGAAAAAUCUUUGCAACUAUCUCCUUAGAUUUCUGUCUACAUUGUAUUAUGUAAUUGUCAUUUAAGUAGAUUACUAUGAUUUUGCUAGACAAGUCAACAAGUAUUUCACUUCAUUUAUGCGAGUCAACACAUGACUUUUAAUGCGUUUUAGUAUAUGCGAACAACCAAGAUA